AAAAACAUCCGACGAUCUUAUGAAAAAGAACUUACACUUACGCACGUACGCGCGUGCGUGCGUAAGUGUAAAGCGUGUCUUCAAAGCGGCGUUGAAAAAAGGCUUGCGCCUGGUUCAAGACUCUCCAUAGGAAUGCAACGCGCUUAAAAUUUUUGGAGCGAGAGACGAACUAUAGACGAUCAAGUUUGGAGUACGGGGGAGCCUUGAAGAGGCCCAAGUUGACUUUUAUCAGCUUCAUGGGCUGCGGGAACCAGUUGGUGUGGGCGCUGUUGGGGGCGACUGCUUUCAUCACUGCAGUAACUGUGACUGCGGUGAUUUUAAGCCGAGCACAUAUCCCCAGAGUGCCUUACGGCUUUGAUGACUAUUUCAAUGACACGAUUAGGUGGAGAGCUUACAAUCUGUACUGGUUGACAGAUACAACAUAUCUACACAGAGCAAGAGAUGGCAACGUCUACAUCUACAAUGCGGAAGCAAAGACGAAGGAGCUAUACUUGAGCAAUUCAACUUUUGCGGAAGUGGGCGCCACUGACUACCUGUUGACGGGUGAUCGUACACAUGCUGUGUUAGAACACAAUUACGCAAAGCAAUGGAGACAUUCGUACACGGCCUCUUAUUCAUUCUUUAACUUAGACACUGGGGUGUUUGAUAAAAAUGUGACCUUUCCGCCUACGGUGCAGUACUUGAGCAUGGCGCCAGCGGGGAAAAAAUUGGCUUACGUGCACGACUACAAUCUCUAUUUAAAAGCAACCGUCAAUGACAAAUCUGUACAACUGACCAAGAAUGGGAAAAAGAAUGAGAUCCUGAAUGGAGUGCCUGAUUGGGUGUAUGAGGAGGAGGUGUUUGCAUCAAACGGAGCCUUGUGGUGGUCAACAACCACAAAGCGUUUGGCCUACAUGGAGUUUGAUGAUAGAAAGGUUCAGAAAAUCGCUUAUCCCAUAUUCAAAGGCGCGCAGUACCCUACAAAUGUGGAAAUUCCAUACCCAAAGGCGGGCACAGCUCUGCCGAGGGUUAAACUGUUUGUGGUCAAUACCGACGAUGGGCACGCCCCUAAACAUCUCAUCCAGCCCCCCGCUUCCCUCAGAUCCGGGGAUUACCUUUUGACUUCGGUCACCUGGGUCAACGACAAUCGCUUGGCGGUGCAGUGGGUCACCCGAAGGCAGAAUUACGAGCUUGUGCAGAUUUACGACCUUGAGGAGGACAAAUGGAAAGACACUCAGAAGUUCGAGCAUAUCAGCAAAACGGGCUGGGUGGGCCACUAUGUCCCGUCGCCUCUUUUUUUUACUGAGGAUGACAUCGGUUUUUACAAAGUGCUAAGUGCCGCCAAUGGCUACAAACAUAUUCAUUUCAUCCACAAGGGCAAGGCCAUACCGGUUACCUCGGGCCAAUGGGAAGUGAUAUACAUAUCCAAAUUGACCAAAGAUGCCAUAUAUUUUGUCGGUUAUGAGGAUGGGGAUGGACCCAUGAGGAGACACGUUUACAGGGUGGCACUCGGCAUCGUCCCGUCCCCUCGCCAGUGCCUCAGCUGCCACGUGGACAAGCACAAGUGUCAGUACAACUCUGCUUACUUCAGCACCGACGCCUCAUAUUACCGCAUGGAAUGUUACGGACCGGGUUUGCCCCGCUUCAUGCUGGUUAACAAUCGGAGGACAGGUGCAAGUGUUCCGCCAGUCAUUCUUGAAGAUAACAAUGAAAUUGAGAAAACUCUCAGAAAAUACCAGAUGCCCAAAAUGAAGUACGGCACCAUCAAAAUUGCAGGAUUCGAUCUCUGGUAUGAGAUGCUGUUACCACCUAAUUUCGUAUCCUCCAGAAAGUACCCGCUUCUUCUUGAUGUGUAUGGCGGCCCCUGCAGUCAGAGGGUGGACUAUCGUUUCAAGCUAAACUGGGGCACCUUCCUGGCCAGCACCUACGGGAUCAUCGUGGCAAAAUUUGACGGAAGAGGAAGCGGUUACCAGGGCGAUGCGAUCUUGCACUCCAUCUAUCACCGUCUGGGAACGAUUGAGGUGGAGGAUCAAAUCACGGCGGCCAGGAAAUUUGCAGAGAUGCGUUUUGUCGACGAAGACCGGAUAGCCAUUUGGGGCUGGUCCUACGGCGGCUACGUUUCCUCAAUGGCACUGGGCGCCGGAACUCGAGUUUUCAAGUGCGGAAUCGCAGUUGCUCCGGUUGCCAACUGGAAAUAUUACGAUGCCGUGUACACAGAGCGCUACAUGGGCAUGCCUCAACAGAACAAAGUUGCUUAUGAGAAUUCCACGGUAACAGCCCGAGCAAAGCACUUCAAGAGUGCAGGGUAUCUGCUUCUCGCCGGCACGGCAGACGACAAUGUUCACUUCCAGCACGCGGCAGAGAUCUCCAAAGCUCUGGUUGCCGAGAAUGUGCAAUUUGAGUCCAUGGUAAAUAUUGGCUCGCAGGGAAGUCGUGAGUGGUACACGGACAAGGACCACAGUCUGGCUGGCACCACCAAGCACGUGUAUAACACCAUGACUGACUUCUUAAAGAAAUGUCUUGUGGACAAAAAAUUGUGAGGGGAAAAAAAUGCACUUGUGGUCAGUUAGCUACAUUUUAUAGAAUUGUGCCAGCAGUUCACUCUUUGUAAAUAAAUGAAAUUCAAGACAA